ACACACACACACACACACACACAGAGGAACACAACAAUGGCGGAUGCCAAUGCGGCGGUCCUGCUGGUGACCGUGUCGUUGGUCCUGUUGGGGCUGGUGGCCGGUCUCAGCUGGUCCUGGGCGCUGCUGCCGGUCGGCGUCGUCGUGUUUAUUUUCCUCCUGGCGCGCGGCCUGAAGUCGCGCGACGAACUGGCGCACCUGAACGUGUGCGUGCUCGUGCUCGGGGACCUGGGACGCAGCCCGCGCAUGCAGUAUCACGCGCUGUCUCUCAGCAAACACGGAUAUAACGUCACCUUUAUCGGUUUCCUCGGCACCAAACCUCAUCAGGACGUUCUGGAGGACGACCGGAUCGACAUCCUUCCCAUUGUGGAGCAUAAAGGCCUCCCAUUCGGUCCUAAAAUCCUUAGAUACGUCACCAAGGUGAUCUCUCAGUCCCUGCAGCUCCUUUACGUCUUGAUGAAGCUGGACGAUCAGGCGUAUAUUCUUCUACAGAAUCCUCCGGGACUGCCGAGCAUCGCCGUGGUGUGGCUGGCGAGCCGCUUGAUCGGAGCGCAGUUUGUGAUCGACUGGCACAAUUACGGUUACUCCAUCAUGGCGCUGAGUCACGGCGAGAACCAUCCCAUCGUCAAGCUGGCAAAAUGGUAUGAGAAAUUUUUCGGACAUUUCUCCGAUCACAACCUUUGCGUCACAGAUGCGAUGAGGCGAGAUCUUUGGAAAAACUGGAAUAUUCGGGCGUCGACUUUAUACGACAAGCCGCCUUCGAUAUUCCGGGAAACACCUUUGAAGCUUCGUCACGAGCUCUUCAUUCGCAUGGCCAGCGCUUACCCACAAUUCAGAGCGUGUUCUGAAAACAAGGAGAACACGGAGCUGACCGCGUUCACCGAGCGAAACACUAAAACCGGCGAAGUGAAGCUAGCAGCCGGACGUCCUGCUCUUCUGAUCAGCAGCACCAGCUGGACCGAGGACGAAGAUUUCUCCAUUCUUUUAAAGGCACUUGAAGAUUACGAAGGGUUCGUAGAAGCAGGAGAACGUCUCCCGUCGCUCGUCUGCGCCAUCACAGGUAAAGGUCCUCAGAAGGACUAUUAUGAGAAGAUCAUCAACUCGAAAGAGUUCCAUCACGUUAAGAUCUGCACUCCGUGGAUGGAAGCCGAGGAUUAUCCCGUUCUUCUGGGUUCGGCCGACCUCGGCGUCUGCUUGCACAAGUCCUCCAGCGGUCUGGACCUGCCCAUGAAGGUGGUCGACAUGUUCGGGUGCUGUCUUCCUGUCUGCGCCAUACACUUCCGCUGUUUGGACGAGCUGCUGAAGCACGAGGAGAACGGCCUGAUCUUCAAGGACGCGGCCGAGCUGUCGGAGCAGCUGAAGUUGCUGUUCUCAGACUUCCCUAACGACCAGGGGAAGCUGAGCGUCUUCCGAAGGAACCUCAGAGAGAGCGUUCAGCAACGCUGGGAUGAAAACUGGGACCAAAACAUCCUGCCGCUGUUUAAGGAACACUGUGACUGAGCAGUAGCAGAAGUAAUAAUAAUAAUAAUAAUAAUAAUAUGAGGAAGAGGAAGGUGAUGAGGUCGCAGGGAUUCGUACAGGGUAAACAUUUACAUUCUGGGUUGUUGUUUUUUUGUGUCUGUGUCAUUCCAGUAAUUCCAUUGGACGAAACUUGAACAUGAAGCAAAAAAAGCACACUUUGUGUAAAUACGAUGUACAUAAGCACUUUAUUACAUUUUUUUUUUGAGAUUCAGUCAGCAGCGUGCACGUUGAUGAUUUCUAUAGAAGACGUUCUGUCAUACGGGAAAACGUGCGUGACGGGAUUUGUAACGGUGACGUGUUUCAAUCCAGCCUUUUCUGUACGGAGAAGAAAAAAAAAAAAAAAGACAAAGACGAAAAAGAAGCCAUCAAGCAUCAUGUUACUGUUAAUGUUAGCGUUACUGAUACUAUCUUGACGAAUGCCUGUCAGUGUUGUUCAGUAGAUAUCGGUGUUAUUACUGACAUUAAACUCACCCAGUUCCUUCUUGAA